AUGACCUUCGCCAACGCGCCUCCUGCGAAGGGCCGGGCCCCGCUGGCUGAUAGACCGUCAAUGUCAUCGCUCGCUGCCAGUAAUGCCGCCAGGCGCAAGCAUUUGACCUUACCGCUGAAGCGCUCUGCCCAGCAGUUGUCUGAUGACCAAGGAGAAGCGAAGAGCGAAUCCCCAUUUUCAUACCGUCCGAGGGUACAAAUUCGGGAUAAGUAUCAAAUCAUUGGUUUUAUAAGUAGUGGUACGUACGGCCGGGUGUAUAAAGCUAGGAGUAAGACGGGCUUAGGAGGGGAGUUUGCUAUCAAAAAAUUCAAGCCAGACAAAGAAGGCGAAAAAAUCGAGUACACCGGUCUCUCGCAGUCCGCCAUUCGAGAAAUUUCUUUGUGCAAUGAACUAAAACAUCCCAACGUUGUUCGCCUGGUUGAAACCAUCCUGGAGGAUAAAUGCGUUUAUAUGGUUUUCGAGUACACAGAACACGACCUCCUGCAAGUGAUUCAUCAUCAUACCCAGCCCCAACGACAUGCGAUACCAGCCCCUAUGGUUAAGUCCAUUAUGUUCCAACUACUGAAUGGUUUGUUAUACAUUCACUCCAACUGGAUUCUGCACCGCGACUUGAAGCCAGCAAACAUCCUCGUGACCUCGAGAGGUGCCGUUAAAAUAGGAGACCUCGGGCUGGCACGGGUGUUCUACAAACCCCUAAACUCCCUUUUCUCCGGAGAUAAAGUGGUAGUGACGAUUUGGUACCGUGCUCCUGAACUUUUGCUUGGCGCCCGACAUUAUACCACAGCCAUCGACCUUUGGGCUGUUGGCUGUAUAUUUGCUGAGCUGCUAUCCUUACGCCCCAUAUUCAAGGGAGAGGAAGCCAAGAUGGACAAUAAAAAAACAGUUCCCUUUCAGCGAAAUCAGAUGCUGAAAAUUAUUGAGAUCCUUGGCCUUCCCAAAAAGGAGGCCUGGCCCGGCCUGGCUUCAAUGCCGGAGUUUCCACAAUUACAAACGCUGACCAUGGCCCCGGGGUCAGGUCAUUUGCAUAAACCGUCAAACCUAGACCAGUGGUACCAUGUUUGCCUAAAGAGCGGCGGUUAUUCGGCUAACUCCCCUCCAGGGACCCCAGGAAAGGAAGGGUUUGACUUGCUCUCGCGGCUGCUUGAAUACGAUCCAGACAAACGAAUCUCCGCAAGGGAAGCGUUGAAUCACCAAUAUUUCAAAACAGGAACACCGGUCACUCGGAAUUGCUUUGAAGGCUUCGAGGGCAAGUAUCCCAACCGUCGUGUGACCCAAGAUGACAACGAUAUUCGGACCAGCAGCCUUCCGGGAACGAAGAGGAGCGGUCUCCCGGAUGAUGCUGUGGCUGGUCGAGCCCCAAAGCGAGUGAGAGAAUUGUGA